AUGGUUCGCGAUACUAAUACUCCAAAGCUCAAGAAGAGAGUAGCCGAAGAGUCAGAUGUCGAAGACGCGGUAGAAGAUGAUAAGUUAAUCGUCGAUGGGUUAAUAAAUGAAGACAGUGACAGCGAUGAUGAUGAAGAAUAUGAAUCUGCAGCUGAAAGGAUCUCUUCGUCCGAAGAAGAAGAGGAACAAGAAGAUUCUGAUGCCGAAUUAAACAAAUUAUUAGCUGAAGAGGAAGGAGAUGAAGGAGAUUCUGAAGAAUAUAAUACCUCUGACUUCGAAGAAGAUGAUACUAAAUCAUUAACUGAUAAAUUAUCUGGAGUUAAAUUAAAGACUAUUGCGGACGAAAAUAUUUAUACAAAGUACUCUGAUGGUCAGCCAAGAAUUAUUAAACCAGAAAUCAACCCAAUUUAUGACAGCGAUGAUAGUGAUGUUGAAACUAAAAAUACUAUUGGUAAUAUCCCAUUGUCCGUCUAUGACGAAAUGCCACAUAUCGGUUACAAUAUCAACGGUAAGAGAAUUAUGAGGCCAGCAAAGGGAUCUGCAUUAGAUCAGUUAUUGGAUACCAUAGAAUUACCAGAGGGUUGGACUGGUUUACUUGACAAAGAAUCCGGUUCUAGUUUGAAUUUAACUGAAGAAGAAUUGGAUUUAAUUUCCAGAAUUCAAAAGAAUGAAACUACUGAUGAUAGAACGAAUCCAUAUGAACCAUAUGUUGAUUGGUUCACCAGACAUGAAGAAGUCAUGCCAUUAACUGCUAUUCCUGAACCAAAGAGAAGAUUUGUUCCAUCCAAGAACGAGGCCAAGAGAAUCAUGAAGAUUGUUAGGGCUAUUAGAGAAGGUAGAAUUAUUCCGCCAAAGAAAUUGAAGGAAAUGAGAGACAAAGAAAGUGCCGAAAAUCAUAAUUAUGAUUUAUGGGGCGACUCUACGGAAACUAAUGACCAUGUUAUGAACUUGAGAGCACCAAAAUUACCUCCUCCAACGAAUGAAGAAAGUUACAAUCCACCUGAAGAGUAUUUAUUAACUGAACAAGAAAAGGAAGAGUGGGAAAACACCGAAAUCAGUGAAAGAGAAAAGAAUUUCAUUCCACAGAAAUAUGGUGCGUUGAGAAAGGUUCCAGGUUAUACAGAAAAUAUCCGCGAAAGAUUUGAAAGAUCGUUAGAUUUAUAUUUGGCACCAAGAGUUCGUAAAAACAAACUAAAUAUUGAUCCAGAUUCAUUAAUUCCUGAGUUACCAUCUCCAAAAGAUCUAAGACCUUUCCCAAUCCGCUGUUCUACUGUAUAUUCAGGUCAUAAGGAUAAGAUACGUAGUUUAUCCAUAGAUCCAUCUGGGUUAUGGUUGGCCACAGCAUCUGACGAUGGUUCCGUUAGAAUUUGGGAAAUUUUAACUGGUAGAGAAGUUUACAAGGCACAAUUAGUAGAUGAAGAAGAUUCUGAAGAUAAUAUUGACUGUAUUGAAUGGAAUCCAGAUAAGAGUACUGGUAUUUUAGCCGUUACAGUGGGACAAAAUAUUCAUUUAAUUGUUCCACCAAUUUUUGGUUUUGAUAUUGAAAAUAAUGGUAAGACCAAGAUAGAGAAUGGUUAUGGGUUUGAUACAUUUGGUACAGUGAAAAAAUCUAAUUUGGAGGUGAACAGUGAUGAUGAUGAAGAAGAAGAAGGGCAACAAGACUCUUCAAACGCUGUUAAGAAGGCUGUCGCUCAAUGGAACAAACCGUCCGCUAAACAAAUGGAAAAAGAUAUUUGUAUUACCAUAACAUGUAAGAAGACAGUGAAGAAAUUAUCAUGGCAUAGAAAAGGUGAUUAUUUUGUCACUGUUCAACCAGACUCUGGUAAUACAUCAGUUUUAAUCCAUCAAUUAUCUAAGCAUAUGACACAAUCACCAUUUAAAAAAUCUAAAGGUAUUAUUAUGGAUGCAAAAUUCCAUCCAUUCAAACCACAAUUGUUUGUUUGCUCACAAAGAUACGUUAGAAUAUACGAUUUAUCUCAACAAGUCUUGGUAAAGAAACUAUUACCAGGUGCCCGUUGGUUAUCAAAGAUAGAUAUUCAUCCAAGAGGUGAUAAUUUAAUUGCUUCAUCAUUUGACAAGAGAGUAUUAUGGCAUGAUUUAGAUUUAGCUGCCACGCCAUACAAGACAUUAAGGUAUCAUGAUAAGGCAGUUCGUAGUGUUGGAUUUCAUAAAAGAUUACCAUUAUUUUGUUCUGCAGCAGAUGAUGGUAACGUUCACGUUUUCCAUGCCACGGUAUAUGAUGAUAUGAUGAAAAAUCCAAUGAUUGUCCCAUUAAAGAAAUUAAGUGGACAUAAAGUAGUGAAUUCAUUAGGUGUUCUUGAUGCGAUCUGGCAUCCAAGAGAAGCUUGGUUAUUUACUGCAGGUGCAGACAAUACUGCACGUUUAUGGACUGCGUAA